AGGGAGAUGGAGUGGGGCGUGCUGGCGGGCGCGGAGGGGUGGCUGGGGCAGGUGAUGUCGGUGCUGCCGCAGCGGCCCAUGUCGGUGGGCGGGUCGCCGCGGCACGGCGUGUACGCGGGCGCGGACUUCGGGUGGGGGAAGCCGUGCAGGGUGGACAUGGUGUCCAUCGAGAAGACCCCCGGCACGGUGUCUCUGGCCGAGGGCCCCGACGGGUUGGGCGGCGUCGAGGUCGGCGUCGUGCUGCCGCCCGACGCCAUGGAAGCUUUCGCCUCUUGCUUCGUCGAGCUCCUGAACAACAAGAAGAGCAUCUGA